AUGGGUUGCCCUUGUGAAGAGCUGAAUGGAGAUGACGCACCGCAGUUCCCCUCGUGCAUUGAUUGGAUUGCUCGGAAUCAGCUGCCAGAUGGAUCAUGGGGUGAUGACAUGUUCUUCCUUGUCCAAGACCGGAUUAUCAACACCCUCGCCUGCAUCAUCGCACUGAAAUCAUGGGAUGUCCACGACUAUGCGUUUAAAAAGGUCUAUCAUUCAUCUCCGAAAAUAUGUGGAGGGGUUCCGAGAGAAGCAGUCCAUGCUGUACCAACAACUUUCCUUCUAAGCUUAGAAGGAAUGCCAGGUUUGGACUGGAAAAUGCUACGUAAGCUCCAGUGUCCAGAUGGCUCCUUCAUGUCUUCACCUGCUCCCACCGCUUACGCUCUAAUGCAGACUGGAGACCCUAAGUGCUUUGAGUUCCUUGAUAGAUUGGUUGGCAAGUAUAACGGAAGCGUACCUUUUGUUUACCCUAUUGAGAUGUUCGAGCGCUUGUGGAUUGUGGACCGGUUGGAGAGGUUGGGCAUAUCACGUUAUUUCAAGAGUGAAAUUGAGGACUACUUGGAGUACGUUUACAGGCACUGGUCCGACGAAGGCUUGUCAUUUACGAAGGGCUGCCCCGUGAAGGACAUCGAUGACACGGCCAUGGGUUUCCGUCUCCUCCGACUACAUGGCUACCCGGCCUCUCCUUGUGCAUUCAAGCGAUUCGAGAAUGACGGCCAGUUCGUGUGCUACCCAAGGCAGUCGAACCAGUCGGUAAGCGCGAUGUAUAACCUGUACCGAGCUGCCGACCAGGCCUCGUUUCCCGGCGAUGGUCACGUCCUCGGACGCGCCAGGAGCUACAGCCGUGCGUUCCUCCGGGAGAGGCGAGCCUCGGACCAGCUCAACGACAAGUGGAUCAUCUCUGAGGGUUUGCCUGGCGAGGUCAUGUACGGUCUGGAUUUCCCCUGGGAAGCUAGCUUGCCACGCAUCGAAACAAGAAUAAUGAACCUCAUUAGCAACGACGCGUACCUCAAGGCGGCGAAAGCCGAUUUCAGCAACUUUCAGAGACUAUGCCGAUUAGAGUGGCUCAGCCUGAAAAGGUGGUGUGACGAGAACAAUCUUGAAAUGUACGGCGUGACUCCGCAGAGCGCGCUGAGAUCCUACUUCCUUGCCGCGGCCAGCAUCUUCGAACCAGGCCGAGCAGCAGAGCGCCUGGGAUGGGCGCGCGCGGCGGUGCUCGCCGAGGCCAUCUCCGGGUGCUUGCUGAUGAGCAGCAACACUCAUGACGAUCGGACGGUGACGGCCGAAUGGCUCAUCGAUGAAUUCGUCAACAGCGACGAUGAGAAGCCGGCAAGUGGAGGAGGGAAGAAGAAUUCACAAGUUACUAGCAGCCUCGCCUAUGCUCUUCGUGACCUUAUUGACAUCCAUGCGUCCGACGACGCUUCUGUCGCUGACUGCCUUCGUGGAGCUUGGAAGGAGUGGUUCAUGGCAUGGACGAAAACGGAGAGGGAAGGACCACGCUCAGCGGAUACAGCACUGUUGCUAGUUCGCACAGUCGAGAUUUGUUCAGGAAGGCACCACUCCACCGAACAGGACCUGAAGCUUCUACCUGAUUAUUCGAAGCUCGAGCAGCUCACCAGAUCCAUCUGCUGCAGACUGGCUACUGAAGCUCCUGCUCUGACUGGAGAAAACAUGGACAAGAUUGAUGAGCUGGAUAGGAAUGUUGGAUUCGAGAUGCAAGAACUGGCUCAAUGUGUUUUCCAGAGCUGCAGCUCCAUCAACAGAGUGACAAGGCAGACGUUUCUCCAUGUGACGAAGAGAUACUACUAUGUCGCACUCUGCUCACCUGAAACAAUUGAGCAUCACAUCUCCAAGGUUAUAUUUGAGGAUGUUGUUUAG